AUGAAAGGUUUACAACACGGAUUGAGCCUGCUGGUCAUCCUGUGCCUGGCACACUGGGUGUCGAGCAGGGCUGUUCGCUUUGACCUGAGGCUGACGUGGGAGGAUCGAAAUGUUGCUGGCGUCGUGCGCAAAGUUAUUCUAUCGAAUGGCCAAUUCCCCGGUCCUACGCUUCGCGUUAAGCAGGGAGAUGAGGUUGAAUUUCGGGUGAGAAAUCUAAUGCCGUUCUCUACGUCGGUACAUUUCCAUGGUAUUUCGCAGCUGGGCACUCCGUGGUCGGACGGCACCCCUGGGCUAUCGCAGGAGCCGAUCGAGCCAGGACAUCAGUUCAUAUAUAGAUGGACAGCGGAUGAAUAUGGAUCAUAUAUAUAUCAUUCACAUAGCCGUGGUCAGCUCAUAGAUGGUCUUUAUGGAGCCAUCUAUGUCGAGCCAAGAGGGUCAGUAGAGAAGCCAUUCAGGCUGAUUACCCAAGAUGCUACAGACCUCGCCGCAAUGAUUAGUGCAGAGUCCAAGACAGAACCAGUCAUGCUUUCUGACUGGCGAUUCUUGACUUCAGAAGAUAUUUGGCAAGUAGAAAUAGCUUCGGGCGUUGAGAGCGUCUGCUCCAAUGCUAUACUGAUCAACGGGAAAGGUUCUGCGUGGUGUUUACCCCAGCAGAGAAUUAAUGAUCUUACGUCUGUUGGACAACGACAGCUCCUUGGGAAUGAGACAAUGACCGAUAUUGGAUGUUUCCCUCCAAUUGAUUCCUUUUUCGGCAAUUAUCCUCGUGACCCCAGUAUAUUACCCAAAGGGUUCAACAGCGGAUGUAUCCCGGGUUAUGGUCCAGAAGAGAUUGUUAUGGUCGAUGCCAGCACUCGCUACAUCAGCCGGGACCUGAUCAGUAUGGCUGGCUCGGCCUCUCUGAUCUUCUCGAUAGACGAGCACCCGAUGUAUAUCUACGCAAUUGACGGACGCUACAUUGAACCGGUCCUUGUUGAAGCCGUCCGGAUAGUGCCGGGUUCUCGGUAUUCAGUCCUUAUUGAGCUCAAACAGAAUAGGACAGCUAAAGACUACACGAUCCGCGUUGCCCAGAACGGACUCAAUCAGAUCAUCAAUGGCUCGGCAACAAUGUUGUAUACCUCGCACCGGCCUCAGCAGAACGCUUCAAUACCAUAUAUUACGGAAACUGGCGACGCAACCACACCGCAAACAGUAUAUUUGAAUGAAUCUCUCAUUGUCCCAUUUCCUGUCCAACUCCCCGCGCCAACCGUGGACCAGACAAUCAUCCUAAAUAUUAAUCACUAUCACGCCGCUUACCGCUGGCAAUUAGGAAACGGGAGCUUUCCUAUGGAAUUAGAAGAGGUCCGUCCUGCCCUGUUCAACGCAAGCGCAAUCCCAUACCCAUACAGCGUGUCUACCCUAAACGACACCUGGGUUGACAUUGUUUUCAACGUAUCCGGGGCGAACCAACCCCCUCAUCCAAUGCACAAGCACUCGAACAAGUAUUUUGUGAUCGGGGAGGGUAGCACGCCGUUCAUAUGGUCGUCCGUGGCAGAAGCAAUGGAGGAGAUGCCGGAAAACUUCAACUUGGUAAAUCCUCAACUGCGCGAUACGUACCCUACACCGUUUGUUCCUGAAGCAACUGGAGUCUGGCUGGCUAUACGAUACAAGGUUGUUAACCCAGGCCCGUUCCUGCUUCACUGUCACCUGCAGAUGCAUCAGAGCGGUGGCAUGACAUUGGCUAUUUUGGAUGGGAUUGGAGAUUGGCCGCUUGUGCCGGCAGAGUAUCAGUUAUCAGCGGCAGCGGCACUCUAG